AUGGAUCCGCAUUUCUAUUCGUCUGCAAUCGAGGUAAACAUGGCUGUCGACUUAGGUGCAAACAAUUGGAUAUUCCUGCUGGGGGCAACUGUUGCUGUUUUCAUUGGCAUCCGCUUGCUCCCCAAGCGGGCGAAUGUCCCCAUCUAUAGCAGGCAUUCGGGGUGGCGAGGGCCCUGGAAGGAUUCCUUGGAGUAUCUCCACGACAGUGCUGGGACGCUGAGGGCUGGCUAUCAGAAGUUCUCUCGCCAUGGACAGUUCUUUCAACUUCGGACCCCCAUCCGCUGGGUGGUAGUUGUGCCGCCCAAUUUGGUGGAUGAAAUUCGCACCGCGCCAGCAACACAUCUGAGUGCUAAAGAGUCGGCUAAUGAUGUGUUGCAAACUAGAUACACGGUGUCCCCCAUCGUCGAGGCAAACAAGUUCCAUUUCCACAUUGUCAAAACGCAUCUCACGCCCAGCCUGGAGAACAAGAUCGAUGAAAUUCGCAACGAAAUUCAAUUGUCCUUUGGAGACGAGAUCGGCCACCCGACUGAUUGGACGCCGGUGGUCAUGUCAAGAGCAGCUCAUCGGAUCGCAACUCGAACUGCUAAUCGACUGCUGGUCGGGGCACCGCUAUGUCAGAAUGAAGAGUACACCGACAUGUCUAUCAAGUAUACAGUGGAUGUGUUUGGAGGCGCCGAUAAGCUUCGCGCCUGGCCCAAGUGUCUUCGCUCAACGGUCAGUCAGUUCGUGACUAACGUCAAAGAACGGCAGAGGGUGGCUCGGAGACAUCUCAUCCCUUACAUUGAGGCUCGCCUUCAGCAAGAAAAAGAGCGAUUGGAUGACAAGCCCCCUGUUGAUUCCCUUCAAUGGGUCAUGGAUGCCGCCCCCGAUCCCAGUGAAAGAGACCCAGAGCGGCUCAUGUUCCGUCUGCUGCACUUGAACGUGGCUGCAGUGCACACGACCAGCAGCACCUUUCUCAACGCGAUGUUGGAUCUGGCCUUCUAUACCGAUGCUCACGCAGAGCUCCGAAUUGAGAUUGAGAGCGCAGUGAAGGAGCACGGAUGGUCGGGGCGAGCAUUGAGUCAGAUGCGGAAGCUGGACAGCUUUUUGACUGAAAGCCAGAGGCUUUCCCCGAUCGCCAGCUCGCAAAUGACUCGCGCGGUGAUCAAAGACUUCACAUUCUCCGACGGCACCACAGUCCCCAGAGGCUCUUAUGUCCUGGCCCCAAUGUACGCGAUGUACCUAGACGACACCAUCUAUCCUAAUGCCUCGAACUUCGAUGCUUUCCGCUUUUCUAAACUUCGAGCGCAGCCCGGCCACGAAAAUCGGCACCAGUUUGUGACUACUUCGCCGACACACAUCAACUUCGGACACGGCAAGGACGCGUGCCCUGGGCGCUUCUUCGCAGCACAUGAAAUCAAAUUACUGUUGGCUCAUACGUUGCUGAGCUAUGAGAUACGUCUUGAGGAUCCGACCAAGCUCCCGGAGCCUUCUUGGUAUGAUCGUUCUCGAAAGCCCAGCCAGACUGCGCGCGUUCUGUUCCGCAGGCGUUAA